GUGUGCCGCAACAACAACCGUAGGCAAUUCAUUAUUAGCAAAUAUAUACUUGGAAAAUGUAGCAAACUAUUCCGUGAGAUAACGGACAAAAUGCCGACAUCGUUCAUGUAUUUCACUUUAAUAUGUUUUCCCACAUUUGGACAAACGUCACUGCCGUUGGUUAUCAACACAUGGAGCUUCAAAAAUGCGACGGCUGCAGCGUGGGAGGUUCUACAGUCUGGCGGCUCGGCGUUGGAUGCCGUGGAAAAGGGAUGUGAGCGCUGUCAAGAAGAGCAGUGCGACGGUAGCGUGGGCUAUGGCGGGAGCCCGGAUGAGAGCGGGGAGACUACGUUGGACGCAUUGAUCAUGGACGGCAACACAAUGGAAGUGGGGGCUGUCGCUGACCUAAAGAGGAUCAAGAAUGCCAUUGGUGUAGCGAGAGCCGUGAUGGAGCGCACAGAACACACCAUGCUUGUCGGAGAGUCAGCGACAUUGUUCGCAGAAAACAUGGGCUUCGUCACCGAGGAUCUGACCACCGUCAACUCGCUGGAUAUUUUCACACAGUGGCUGAAGGGCAGUUGCCAACCUAAUUACCGAAAGAACGUUUUUCCCAAUCCAUCCAAAUCCUGUCGCCCUUACAAGCCCAUUGCCAAGCUCGGGCCGGAAAAGAAACUUCAUACUAAUGUUCACUCCCACGACACUAUAGGUAUGAUCGCUUUUGAUCGCUACGGUCACAUAGCUGCGGGGACAUCCACUAAUGGGCUCACUCAUAAAAUUCCAGGUCGAGUUGGGGAUUCUCCUAUAGUCGGAGCGGGAGCAUACGCCGACAGCACAGCCGGAGCAGCUGCCGCAACCGGAGACGGGGAUGUCAUGAUGCGCUUUCUACCAAGUUUUUUGGCGGUGGAGAUGAUGAGGGCCGGGACGGAUCCCUCGGCAGCCUGCAAGAUGGCCAUUUCCAGGAUUAAGAGGCAUUACGCAGACUUCUUCGGGGCGAUCAUCUGCGCUAACGCGACAGGCCAUUAUGGUGCAGCUUGUAACAAGGUGCCUGGCUUAUUGCAGUUUCACUACAUGGUGUCAAACUGCGAGUCGGACACGCCACUUCUCAAAUCAGUGGAAUGCUUUUAAUUUUUUUUUUUUAAUUUUUUUUUUUUAAAUCAAAUAUGUUCUUGACACAAAUUGACCACAAUAAAAUAAUUGAUUUGAAGCUUUGUUUGGAGUCUUUAAUAAAUUAUAAAAACAUGGAUAACUCAUAAAUAUUAAGAUGUAUCUGUAAUGUGGGUUUUAGUCAUAUUUUUAGACAGCGAUUUACUCCUAAUUCGUUACUAACAGCCUGACAGCAUUGAAACGCCCGGUCCACCCUCUGCCCACUGAAAAUAAUCACACUGUUUACCCUUUUGGAGGCCGCAGGUGUAGAAGUCGCGGCCAUUGUUGGGUCCCAGCUUGAGCACAGUCCUCAUCACGCAUCGUUUGCCGUGGUGACAGGAGGGAAAGUGCAAGUCAGCCCACUGGAGAGAGGGGAAUAAAAAAUGCUUUGAAGCUAACAUAUUAUGGAAAAGUGAGUUUUUAAUAGCUUGUAUACAAUUUUUUGGGUCUCUGAGCUGUCUGUCCAGACAUAAAAUGUGAAACUAAACAAAAGCAAGUCUGUUGGUAUGUCAGUCCUGGGCAUCCGCGAAGUCCUACAAAGUCUUAAAUCCAAUCAUGUGUAUUUAAGGCCUUAAAAGUCUCCUAAAAAAUUCAAAGAAGGUCUUUAAUACGAUUUUGAAAAUUCUAAGAAAAAAUUUAGUCACGCUUUUAAAUAUUUACAUUUUUGCGGACACUAUAGCGUAACUACAAAGUGGAACUACCUGUGCUGCCCGGUCAUUUUCCAUUUUCCUUCAAGUCCUUUGUACAUUUUUUGCUGGUUUGUGAUCAGUGUUCUCAAAUUGUAUUCAUUAUGGUCUUAAAAUAGUCUUAACAAGGAUUAUAUUUGGCUUGUUGGAAACUGAAUUGAAGAAUUGUAGUUAGUGUUGCACCGAUACGGCACUCAAAUGAGCGGUACUGGGGAGUAUUAAGAAAUAACGUGCCGGUGCUUUGUUAUAUGGACUUUUCAAGACAGAGUUUUCAACCACUGGUCACCCUACUCAAGAUACCUGUCAGCGACACACACAGCCGUGAAAAAAGCACUUGCCCGCCCUUCCCAAGAUGAUCGUGUGCCAUCAAAUCAUAAUUAUACAGCGACUAUAUGAGGUUAUCACUAUUAGACAUCCAAUUCAUUUAUAGUGGGAGAGUGGUCACGUUCUUUCAUUCGUUACCAACCUCCCACUUUCAAUGAAUUGGUUGUCUAGCGCUGUCAAUGCCAGACAAUGAGUUAAGCAAUGUCUGACCAAGCCAUAAUAGCAAUUACAAUCGAAUAAUUACCGUCUUGGCCCGAAUAUAAGACGGUGUUUUUUGCAUUGAAAUUAGACUGAAAAAGAGGGGGUAAUCUUAUAUUCGCGGUCUAGACAUUAUACGCAUUCACGACACUAGAUUUCACCAGAUAUCAUUGAAGCGAUGUUCUGUCAUGACAGAUCUCAGCUACUUUCAAGUUUAACCAGUUUGCAUUAUUUUAUUGCAAUGUUUUUCCUUAUUCAGAUUUGUUUCAAGUAACAGUUAGUUAGACUUCACUUUGAUGGUUAAUGCAGUUAUUGCAAUUUGUUUUAUCACAAUAGAUUGGUUUAUUUACAUUUCAAAAACCAGAAGCCAUUCAUUUACGAAUGUGAUUGCACUUUAGUUUACAUUUUUAAAUGUUCAGAUAUUAAGAUUUGAAUGAGACAAAAUAACAUGCUUUUUCUCUCAAAUAUGUUGUUAUAAUCAUUGGUUUCAGAUGUACUGUAAUUAUUUUCUGUAUAAAAAUUAAUUUGGUGUUCAAACAGUCUUUUUUUCAAACUUGAGUCUUGAAAAAGAGGGGGUCGUCUUGU